UUAGUUAAUGGGUAUAGUAAAUUAUAUUUGCGAUUAUUAAGUAUAUAAUUUGCAGUUUAAAUAAGAUUUACUUUCUUGUAGUAAACCAUGUAACAGAAGUAAAAUCGUAUUUCGAAUUCGAAAGUCUCUCUUUAAAUGAUUCUCAUUAACAACGUGUUAUAUAAAUUUAAAAGUCAUCCAAGAAUAUUGCAAAUAAUUUACUCGUAUUGAUACUAGAUGCUUUAAACAAAAUUUUAUUUUUUCCUUUACAUUAUAUAGUUUUCAUUACACUUUUGCUACAAAUUCUAUAUUUCAGUUGUCAGUAGAUCUAGUUUUUCUAAAAUCAUACUUCCCAAUUUUCCAUGUAAGCAUAACAAUAUUUUGUCUAUAAAAAGAAUAAAAACAUAAAAUCUAUUGAUACAAAUCGAUCAUGUAUAUUACAAUGUACAAUAAUUAGUACCCUAGUGCAUAAUUUUUCCUAUUUCGAAAUAUAAUUUGACAUAUACAGUGUAUCGCAACAAUCGUGGUAUAAUCGGCAACAGGGUAAUUCUAUGUGAAAAAGUCGAAAAUAUAGAAUAGAAUUCUUUCAUACAAUUCUUAGUUUUCAAAAACAUCGAAUUUGAAAUGAAAUCAGCUAAAAUUAGUACAGUAUGAUAUUUAUUAAGAAAAUAAUAAUACAGAAAUAAGAAUAAAUCAUAAAGAAGAACAAUAUAUGUAAUUAGUAAGAGGGUUCGAAAAGGUAAAUAUACAGGUACGUGACUCGCGCGCCCGGAGACAAGCUGUGUAGAGAGACAGCUGCUCCGAUCGAAGGAUAUGAAUAGAGGGGAUGGAAGGAAGAGAGGGGGAAAGAGAAAAAUAGGAGGCCGGACCAAAGGGAGAACACCAUAAACAUACAAGUUUCGGAUUGGUUCUGCUUUCUCCUUUGUCUUCGGGAUGUUAUAAUACGAUCAGACUGCUUCGAAAUCAUCAUUUCAAAGUUGUAUUUCGUUGAGUGCGUUUACAGUACCGUUUCGGAAACCGGAGAGAUCGGAAUUUUGGCGCCGUACCACCGACGCGAUAUCAGUGACAGUGUAAGUGGUUAUGUUGUCGUGCUUACUUGCCAUACGCGUUUUAUCGUACACGUAGCCGUAUUAGAUAGUUUUCAGUAUCUUUAUUGCACAAUCGUACGGAUUUUUUUUGAUCGAAAUUGUGUUCAUGAGUGACUACCUCGCAUCAGCAAUAACGUGGAAUCAAGGUUAUAUCCUGCUUUGGAGAUUGAUGUUAUAUUGUGCAUCUGUGUAACAAGGAAAUAUAAUCACACAUAAAGUACAUUUGUUCAUUCGCGUUGAAAGAAGAAUACAGAGAGUAGAAGUGAGGGUUAAGUGUGAUAGUAAAUGCAGUGGCUGAGGAAGAGAUGGACCCAUCAAUGUUUGUUCCAUACACUCCUCAAACAAACGGCGUCCCAUUGGAAUCCAAGCUUGCUACCUACAUGAAUCGCCAUAAUUCAGCGAUACCUCUAAGUACUACAGUUGUUACAAAACAUAUGUCAAACCUUUCUCUGGAUUCACAGAAAAAGGUAACUGCCACCAGUCCAGAAUUUGUACCUGGAAGACCUUUUACUGGUAGUAACAGUAGUCCUCCAAUCCUUUUCAAUAAUUCUUAUUACUCGCAGGAGAAUGUAGGCGGUACUACAUACUUCUACGUUGGGAAUGCAGCAGCUGAUACUGUUGGAGCUGAGGAAGCAACUGAAACUAUUGGAAAUGUAGCAGCAGGUCAGAUAGGCUAUGUCUAUCCUGGAACACCUGCGCACCUCCAGCCAGUAAAACCUACAAAACCUGUGUCAUCUAACAGUUCUUCAGCUCCCUCAACCCCUCCCCCUCAAGCAACCACCGGUUUUUUUGUUAGUGAAAGUUUAAGAAUGGACAUUGUUCAAAAAAAUGCUUUAACGUUAGCACAACCUGAUGUAGUACGAUUUCCCGACCUACCAGACGAGGUAGAUAAUUAUCAUGAGUUGUGUCCAUUGGAAUCAAUUCACAAACCUGCUUCGACGAUGCUGGGAUAUCAAACUUCGACGUACAAAGCUACCAGCAUUAAAAACGGUACACGUUACUGUCUGCGACGUAUACAUGAUUUCAGACUUGCUAAUACAAAGUGUAUGAUGCUGGUAGAUAUGUGGAAGCGAUUAUCACAUACGAAUUUAGUGCAGUUAAGAGAAGUUUUUACCACCAAGGCUUUCGGUGACCAUUCCAUGGUAUUUGUUUACGAUUAUCAUCCCGGAUCGGAAACAUUAUUAAAUAAGCAUUUCUCAGGAACCGAAUUAAAUGGUUAUACAGAUCCAUUUUCUUCGGAUCCAAAUGCUCCUCGACCUUACAGUCAUACCAAGAAUACUAUUUUGAGACAACAGCAUAGCAGUAUGCUACCAGAAAGUGUUAUAUGGAGCUACAUAAUCCAGCUCACUGCCGCACUUCGUGUUGUACACGCUGCUGGUUUGGCAUACAGGUGUUUAGAUCCUACAAAAGUGUUAAUUACAUCGCAAGCAAGACUUCGUUUAAGUUGUGUAGCUGUACCAGAUGUUGUUACUUUCGAGGGAAACUCAGCAAAUCCACUUUCGCUAAUAGCACACUAUCAGCAAGAGGAUUUAAUCGCCUUAGGAAAGUUGGUGUUGGCAUUAGCAUGUCGCAGUCUCCUUGCCGUCCAUCGCGACAACAUGCAAGCUUCCCUCGAACUCGUCGCACGUUCCUACUCUGCGGAUCUUCGAAACCUUAUCCUGUAUUUACUUUCGAAUCAAGCACGAAGAAGUGUAACAGAUCUCAUGCCGAUGAUUGGAGCAAGAUUUUAUACGCAAUUAGAUGCAAUUCAGCUUCGGUCUGAUGUAUUGGAAAAUGAACUUUCCAAGGAAUUAGAAAAUGGGAGAUUAUUUAAGUUACUUGUAAAGUUGGGUACUAUUAACGAAAGACCCGACCUUAAUAUGGAACCUACGUGGGCAGAGACGGGUGACCGAUACAUGCUCAAAUUGUUUAGGGAUUAUGUUUUCCAUCAGGUAGCAGCUGAUGGAAGACCUUGGUUGGAUAUGGCACAUGUUGUGUCUUGUUUAAAUAAGUUGGAUUCAGGUUCAGAAGAUAAGGUAUGUUUGAUGUCACGAGAUGAACAGAGUAUAUUAGUAGUAAGUUAUGCAGAACUACGACAAUGUUUGGAAACCUCAUUUGGAGAGCUGAUACAAUCAGCAAAAGAAGCUGUUUAGAUCCGUGCCACAUUUUUUCUCGGUUGACCACAUAGUACAUACUCUGAACUACAAAUGUGAUAUCACGAUCGUAUAUUAUUUUAAUCUUUAUGAAGAUAUAGAAGACUAAGAUUUAAUCUAAGAAUUAAGUUUGGUAAUAAGAAUAAUAGUAUUUGAGCCAGUUUGUAAGUAUGAUUACAAGGUUGAUUGAAAGGUUAUGUGCAAAAUACAUUCUAGUAUUUGAAUGUAAUAUAUGUAUGUAUGAAUGUGAAGGAGUGUGAUGGUGUAAAUCUAAAAGUGUUUGAUUUUGUGAAAGCUAUUACGGUAGCAUACAAACAAACAAAAGAUUGUACACAACAUAAAGAUGUAAUAAAUUCUUAAGAUGUUUUGUGUGUGAAUACAGUUAAACACAGUCAGUGUAUAGGAUAGAUCUUAGUUUUUAGGAUACAACUAAUAAGCAUUAAUUUUGAAAUAAAUGUUUAUUUUUGAAAGCAAUCUUAA